UCAAAAUCCGCGGCCUCGAGUUCCACAACCGCAUAUGUGUGAAUAUAUGCGUUGAUAUCCGCCUCUACAUGCUGAUCCACAGCAUGGCAAUAUUGCGCUACGUAGCUCUCUCCGAUGUGCCAGUACUCCGCCGAGAAUGGCAAGCUCACUCCCUGGCACUUCGCCCACCGUGCGCACUCCUCUAUCCUUCACGUCCUAACGCACACCCACUCACAUCCCCAUAGUCGGCGGCAUCAUCCAGCGCGGUCCCGGCCUGAGCAUGAUCGAGGCCACCUCAGUAAUCCCAGAGGGCCGCAUCACGCCCGAAGACUCCGGCCUCUGGUGCGACGAGCAGAUCCCCCGCUCCAAGACAUCGUCACCUUCGCGCACUCGCAGAACCAGAAGAUCGGCAUCCAGCUCGGACACGCGGGGCGCAAGGCAUCCACCGUCGCACCCUGGCUCUCUGCAGGCGCCACCGCCACAGCACUCGUCGGUGGCUGGCCCAACAAUGUGUGGGCGCCGAGCGCGCUGCCAUACAGCGAUGCGUACCCGAAGCCGAACGAGCUCACCUGCGUGCUCAACAGCCUGACUCGAAAUACGAUGACUAACACCACGAUCAGCUGCAGCUGCUGAGAUGGUCAUCUGGCCGAGCUGCGAAGACUUGUCGUGAUCGGCGAGUCGUUGUUGCAUCAGAGCACAUGCAGAGCAACGUUUUCGGAGUUC